AUGCCUCUCAUGGAAGGUGUACAACACUUAAAAAUUCCACUUGAAGACAUAAAGUUGGCCACCAAUAACUUUGGGGAUGAUAAUUUCAUUGCAAGAGGUGGAUUUGGGAAAGUCUACAUAGGCCAACUCACCCUAUCUGGUCAGCCCAUCACCGUUGCUGUAAAGAGAUUGGACCGAACAUUGGGACAAGGAGACCGAGAGUUCUUGAUGGAAAUUCAGAUGCUUUCCUGCUAUAAACACAAAAACCUCAUUUCUCUUAUUGGCUUUUCUGAUGAGGGUAGAGAAAAUAUCCUCGUAUAUGAGCAUGCAAAACAUGGAAGCCUAGACAGAUAUCUAAGUGACUCUAACCUCUCCUGGAUCCAACGUCUCCAAAUAAGCCUUGCUGCAGCCCGUGGCUUUAAUUACCUUCAUAAUGAUGUGGGACCCCAACAUAGAGUUCUUCACCGCGAUAUAAAGAGCUCCAACAUCCUCCUAAAUGAGAAUUGGGAAGCGAAAAUCUCAGAUUUUGGAUUGUCAAAAAUUGGCCCUUCAAAUGUUGAGUUCACUUUUCUUGUAACCAGUGCUUGUGGCACCUUAGGCUAUGUUGAUCCACAAUAUGUAAGAACAGGAAUUCUAACAAAGGAGUCUGACGUGUAUUCGUUUAGUGUAGUGCUAUUUGAAAUCUUGUGUGGAAGGUUGUGUUUUAAUGAAAGAUAUCAAGAUGAACGUCGGUUCCUUUCUUCGCUGGCCCAAACGUAUUGUGAAGACAACAAAUUAAACGAGAUCAUCGAUCCCAAUCUCAUGAAUCAAAUGAAAUUAGCUUCGUUCAACCAGUUCUCAAUGGUUGCAUAUGAAUGCUUGAGAGAAAAUCGAAGCGAACGCCCAACAAUGGGCUGGAUUGUUGAAAACCUUGAGAAGGCAUUGGAGCUUCAAGUAAGUUCCGUAAGAAAGACUCUCAAAGCAUUUAUUAAGGUAGGAACUUGGGGAAGAACAAGUGGAGAUCCUCAAAAUAACUGGUCUUUUGAACUUGAGAAAGACCAUAACCUGGUGAAGAUAACUAUUGUCCAUGGUGAUGGAAUAUACUCUCUUAUGUUCACUAGUGAAUCUAAAGGUGUUUUGCACAAUUCCAACAAGUGUGGUAGUUUGGCCCGAGGAGAAACAGUUUCCGAGGUAAUAUUUGAAGGUGAUGAGAAAAUAAUUGGCAUUAAUGGAACCAUUGGUUUUCGAGAUGGUUUUAAAAUAAUUUCGUCAUUAUCCUUUAAGACCAACAAAAGGACUCAUGGACCUUUUGGUCAUGCAACUGAAAAUGUUUUCUCUAUACCAUGGGACAAAGGCCUAUUAGUUGGGUUUUAUGGGCUUGCUGGUUAUUACAUUGACAGCAUUGGUAUAUAUGUUAAACCUAAUAAGGAAGUCGUCAGUGUUGGAACAUGGGGAAAUCCUCAACCUGCAGGUCCGAAAAAUGUUUGGUCAUUCCAACUUGAGAAAAACCAUCAUUUGAAGAAGAUAACCAUUGAGCAUAACGAUAGUGUAGUCUCUUUCUUCUUCACCACACAAUUUAGACGCUUAACACACACUUCUAAAAGGGUUGGUCAUGAUUGGGAGGAUUAUGUUCGGGAUAAAGGACUAACGUUAUCUUCUGAGGUAUUAUUUGAUUGCGACGAGGAAAUAAAUUCUAUCAACGGAACAAUUGGUAUAUCAACAGGAUAUUGUCCUGACUACAGAGUAAUAACGUCAAUAUCAUUUGUGACAAACAAAAAAACCCAUGGACCUUUCGGUAAAAAAAGAGGGGAGCUUUUUGCAGUAUCAUUUGAUGGUUGUUCUUUCGCUGGAUUUUAUGGUCGUAUGGGUGCUUAUAUUGAUAGUAUCGGUGUCUAUUUGAAGACUCUAGUAUGA